GGUUUUUCUUAAAAAUGAUUUUUAACACUUUUUUUCCAGUGAAAACAUGCUUUUUUCGCCUCCAGAAAUACAUUCUGGUUUUACAAAGUGGUCAGACUCGGAUUCAUCUAAAACACAGUGUAAACUUUAUCAUCACGGAUUUAUUAUUCCGUCACCUCCACCCUCUCCAAAGGAAAACUUGGGAGGGGUUUUAGCAGAGACGAAGACGGAUGAAGAAGCUAAGAAAGAAAAGAAGACGGUGAAAGAGGAACAAGCGGGAGCUACGUUUGUAGCGCGUGUUUUUGAUAUAUAUAAAAGUGAUCCUCGUGGAAUGCUUCGUAAUGAACGUAAAUGGCUUGCCUAUCAUAUGCCAUCAUCGAAUGCAGAAGUCCAUAAGAAGAGGACGAGGAAUGCGUCGAAUAUUGUACGUCGUACGAUAUCCACGACGGGAUGUCGUACGACGUCUGUAGGGCGAGGAGUGGGUAAAACGAAGACGCAAUUUUAUUCGAUUGGAAUGGCUAAUUACAAGCCGAAACAAUCGUCAAAAGAACAUUAUAUGCAUACGCAUUCGUUUGAUGUAGCGAAUACGCCAUAUGAAUUAUUACCGGAUUUUUGUCCACCGACAUCUACACUGGAUAAGAUUAACCAUCCUCGGCCAUUGAGAGCGGAAUGGAAGGGGAUUCCGUUAGAUUUAUCUAAUGAUCCGCAUGUGGAUCAAUUACAUCCGGCAGAAGUUUAUUUAGCAUCGCAAUUAAGAUUACCAGCUAUGGUAUAUUUAGAUAAUAAGCGAAGAAUAUUCGCGGAAUACCAUGCACGUAAAGAAGCGGGACUUGGAUUUCGACGAACAGAUGCGCAAAGAUGUGCCCGUAUAGAUGUAAACAAAGCAAGUCGUUUAUGGCAAGCAUUUGAGCGAGUUGGAUGGCUUGAUUAGUUAGUUAGCAAGUAAUGGAUAUCUUCUUCAUUUUUGUAAUGGCUAU